UGUGGGGACGGGGCUGAGGUCACCUGUGGGGAAGGGGCAAGGACACACCUGAGAAUGGGGUGAGGACACCCAUGGGGAUGUGAGCGUGGACACCAGUAGGGAAGGGGGAAGGACACACUUGGGGAUGGGGUGAGGACACGAAUGUGGAAGGGGCAAUGACACCUGUAGGGAGAGGGAGGGGGACAGCGCGGGGAGGAGGUCAGGACACCCGUGAGCAGGGACGGCACGGGCAGCCGCGGUGCCCGGGCGAGAGGCUGUCCCGGGCCGUGCCGGGCUGUGCUGUACCAGGCUGUACCGGGCCGUGCCGGGCUGUCCCGGGCCGUGCCGGGCUGUGCUGUCCCGGGCUGUACCGAGCCGUGCACGGCUGUCCCGGGCCGAGGGGCAGCCCCGGCGUCCCCCAGCGCCGCCCCGCGGGUUUGUCGGCGGCAGCGGGGCGGGCAGCGCGGGGCCGGCGGCGGGUGAGAGCCGGGGGAGCCCAGCGAGGCCCCGGCCCUGCUAGCCGGAGCCCGGAACCCGGCCUACCCCGCCCCGCCGGCCGGCCUUCCCCGCCCCCGAGGCCGCCAUGCCCGCCCGCCGCCGCGCCGGGUGAGCGGCCCCGCCGGCCGGCCCCGAGCCGCCCCCGAGCUCCCGGCGCCGCUUUCCCGCCCGCCGCAGGUGCUGCUGCCGCUGCCCCGGGAGAGGAGCCGCCGCGGGCCCCGCCGGCGGCCGCUGGGGCCGGGGAGGAGCCGCCGGAGAAGCGAUGCAGGAAGUCUCACUGCCGCCAGAUUCCUGGUGCCACCGAUCCAGACUUGCCCAUCACUGCACAGCAGACCCAGCUCUACACCUGCAGAGUCAACGACCUCCACAGAAAUGCCGUCUUCUCCGACUGGGUGAAGGUGGAGGUCCAUCAGUGCGUUGCCAGAGGGCUGCCCACUCAGCGCUGGCGAGGAGAGCCGCUUGUCGUCCUCAACCCCACGGAGCAGCGGGUGGAGGUGGGGAAGCCGCUCCAGCUGCAGUGCGCGGCCAUGGGUGUCCCCGCGCCCGCCUACCAGUGGUACCGGAAUGGGAACCCGCUGGAGCACCAGAGGAAAAAAAAACUCUGGAUCGCCCACGCAAAGGUCAGCGACUCCGGCACGUACCUGUGCUGUGCCUCCAACCGCCACGGCGAGCACUGGACCCACGCCGUGGAUGUUCACAUAGGUACGUGUCACCCGGAGAAGUUUUUUGCUACAGGCAAAGUAGCGCUUUUAGUGGGCAACAACGGCUACCAGCAUCACCCCAACCUGCUGGCUCCCCUCAGGGAUGUGUUUGAGCUGAGACUCCUUCUGGAGCAGCUGGGCUUCCAGGUGGUCUCCCUUCUGGACCUGAACAAGGCUGAGAUGGCGGCAGCGGUCAGUCGGUUCCUGCAGCUUCUGGGGAAGGGAGUCUACGCUAUUUUCUACUACGCUGGUCACGGGUAUGAACAUUCGGGGAGGAACUACAUGGUCCCUGUUGAUGCUCCACAACCCUACACCCCUGCGAACUGCAUCAGCGUGCAGAGGAUCCUCCAGAAGAUGCAGCAGCAGCACACGGCCCUGAACCUCAUCCUGCUGGACACCUGCCGAAAAUGGUACAACCCGGAGUGCCCCCUCUCCCAGGUGCAGGCGCUGGAGCCCUGGGGCAACACCGUGUACGGCUACGCCACGUGUGAAGAUGCGGAAGCCUACGAGUUGCAGGAUGGGGAGUUCAGCUCUGGGAUCUUCAUGAAAUAUCUGAAGAAACAUAUUCUGCAGGAGAAGAAGGUUACACACAUGCUGGAGGAUGUGUUAGAAGACAUCGGCCGGGAUCCCUUGGUCACUGGGAAGCAGGUGAUGGAGAUCAAACACACCCUGAAGGAAGCCCGGUCCCUGACGGACCCCAUCUGCCCGUCGGGAGCAGCUGCCGAGCAGUGGGGCCGCAGCCACGACCCGCUGAGCAGGACGCUGACCUUCCCCUGCGGCGCGCAGGUGGAGCUUUGCUUCCACCGGCUCUUCUCCAACAUGAUGUACGUGUGCGCCAAGCUGCAGCCGCCCCCGGCCCAUGUCGCUGACGCCCGUGUCCUGCUCUGCAGACCCACCGAGGUGGAUGAUGCGGCUGUCCUGGAAGAGAGCCGCCCGGAGCCAGCCGAGUCGCUGCUCGCCUCCGUGUACAAGCGGGAGGAGCUGGACUGCGUCUUCCAGCUCUGCGGACUGCAGAGAAUUCAGGCGGACGUGGUGCUGCGCUUGGAUUUGCACUACACCCCACAGGGCACAGGGCAGAGGGCUUGCGAGAGCCUGCAGACCACCCUCCACAAGUCCCUGCUGGGGCCGUUCUUCGGGCAGAGGAGUCACCCCCAGCCCGGCCACCCCUGGACUCCGUCCCGCGCGGGCAGCCUGUGCGGGGACCCGCGGGGACCAGCGUCCCUGGGGACGGGCUCGGGCCGCAGCUGGCCCUGCAGCCACCCCUCGCAGGCCAGCGAGCCCGAGGAGAACGACGAGAGCGACCUGAGCCAGCUCUGCUCGGCUCUGCUGCGCGCUGGCCCGGGGCAUGACCAGCCCUGACCUGCAGCUGCUGUCCCCAGCCCUGGGACGUCGGUUUUACAGAGGUGGCAGUUAUUCGAGUGCUAAAUACAUCAGAGUCCGUCAGCUGCUCCCCAGCCUCAGCGAUCACGCUGUCCAAAGGAGGUUUCUCCCCUCAAAGGCUGCUGGAAAUACCCCCCGUCCUGGGGAGCGUCAGGGAGCAGCGAGGACUCACCGUCGUGUCUGGCAGAGUACAGGACCACCCAACAGUUGUAACGUUUCCAGCCAAAACCCAGCGUCACCGGCACUCAAUGUCACCGGCUGAUGUUCUCUGCGCAUUAGGCUUUGCCUGAAAGCGAAUGUGACGGCAUUAAACGCGGUGAGGAACACACAAACACUACAGCGCUGUGCUACGGCAGCGGCACGGCCUCCAGACCCACCGCGGCUGCUGACCCUCAUCGCGCUCCUGCCGGGGACACGAGGCUUGACCGAGGGACCCAGACAAAACUGAAUGUAUAAGCUCUGCCCUGGGCUCACAGCGCGGUUUUCUUUCCUUGCGAGUCCUGCCUGUGUCAAAGCAGGUUUUAAGUUAUGCAUUUAUAUAUUAAUAUUUCUAAAGAAUGUAUUUAUACUUGGGCAAGACAAUUGCUUGCUCGGAAAAUGAAGGUCCAAUUUUAUAUCAGGUGUAUGUUUACAAUGAAGGCUGGUUUUCCAUCAGCAGUAGCCACGGGGCAAUUGCACUUGAACCUUCUAGCGUGGUACAUGGGGUGUGAAAGGGCGUCAGGUCCUGUGCAGUCCUGAGUUCCUCUCAGAUGCAGUUUUCUCCAUGUGGGAGGUGGGAAAGAGCAGGAUGGAGGAAGAGGAACUUCAAGCAAGUCAUUAUUAGUGCAGAUGUCAUUUCUAAGUGCCUGUCUCUGUGGGCAGCCUCCAGCACUACGUUUCGUGGAGAACCAGCUCUCCGGAGGGAACCCCGAGGACACCCCGAGGGGGUGCAGCCCCCUCCCGCUUCUCCAGCGCUGGUUUCAUGGAGGUUUCAGCGUCGCUCCAGGUGGUUGCUCAGCAAGGGGAUCAAAUAGUUCAGCAGGGGCUGACGGCCCCGGUGAGGUGUGGGAGCUCCACCCUUGGGGGCAGUUUGGAGCGGAGAAGGUGCUGAUGAGCUGAUCCGAGUUGGGUGCUCGAGCAGAGACCACCAGAGGUCCCUGCUGUGAACUUGGAGCUCAAUGUCGAGGAUGGCAGGGUGGGGACAGUGCCCAAGCUCUGUCUUCUUGCUCUGAAAGAGGGAUGGAGAGGGCAUUUUCUACACUUCGGUUCUUCAGCAGUGAAGGUACUUCCUAUCCAUUUAUUAUGUCUGUUGCAGCGUGGAAAAAUAUGAAAUGUUCCUUCCAGAUAAACCGUCCUACAAGCGCUGGCAGCCUGUCCGAGGAGAACAGAGGAGGCUUUAUCCGCCUCACCGCGAGCAGAGCCAAGGGAAAGAGGAGAGGCCCCAUCUGGCUAAGUCGAGAAAGUCUCCUAGGAAAAAAUGUAAAGCUAAAAGAAAGAAAUGACAGGAUGUAUUUUGAAUAAGAUGGACUAAGCUAAACCAGGAAAUAAUGAGUGAAUCGAAGGGACAACCAAAGAUCAACAGCAGCACAAACCGAAGCGGGGUGGGUGGGAAUGGCUGUGCGGGUGUGUGGGGUCCUGUUGCCUCUGUGAGGAUGACACGCACCCUCCUGUGCUGUUGGGGCACAGGAUGUUUCAGGCUCACAUAAUCACAGCAAAGAUCAUCUCACGUGAAUGUGAAUCUCAGUCGAAGCGAGGCUGUUUACUUUUUCUGAAUAAAACACUAUUGGUGUUUUUGAAUGCGUAAAA